CACUUCCACCCCUGUCCCAUCGUCCUGGUGGAACGCGCCCUCACGUAAGCGCUUUGUAGUAAAAUAACAGACCCCCUUAGUAAAUAAAAAUGAAACAGACCCAUUUUGGUAAUUAAUUUGUAAAAGGGACCCAAUUUGAUGAUUUUACCCAUGUUUUGUGGCUGAGAACAGUUUAAUUGUAGAGAGAGAGCAACCAUACCUCGAGAAGGUUUAGAAGGGUGCAAGCGAAACACAGAGCAAUGAACAAUAUCAAUGAUUAUGCAGAAUCCCUCUUUCAGAUGUGCUCAGAAAAUGGUGCGGGGCCAGAAAGAGAUGAGCUUGAUUUUGAGUUUUUGGGAAACAAAAUAGGAGAGCCUUAUUUGAUUCAGACUAAUGUAUACAAGAAUGAAACUCGUGGCCAUAAGAUGAGGCACAUGCUUUGGUUUGACCCCACAGAGGACUACCACACCUAUUCCAUUCAGCAAGAAUUAGAAUGAGAUCAUGUUAAAGAGGCAUUUGCUUAGUUGAUUCUAACUAAUUAACUACUAUAUAAUUUUAAUUUUUGGAGUUAUUUGCUGCUAGCUAGGGGACUUAUUAGAGAAUAAUUGAACAUGAACAUGUCAUUUGAACCUUAUGAUCAAAAUUGAAAUAUCUUGAUUAUUUUCUCAA